GAAAUGUUGUCAAAAAAACAAAAGAAGGUAGGGAAAUAAAUAAUAAAAUAUCUUUGAAGGGAAAGUGAAAACCACUGCUGUCCGUUGUUCCUUGUGUUUCCUCUCAAAAAAGCCGAGUCGUCUUUCUCGUUCAAGCCCACUGACUUGUUCCCAAAUCCCAUCUGCGUCUUUUCUAGGGUUUUUCAAUUCUUACUUUUAGAAAUGGCGAACAUCGAUAUCGAAGGAAUAUUGAAGGAGAUUCCCGAGGAUGGAAGAGUACCAAAGACGAAGAUCGUGUGUACGCUAGGGCCGGCUUCACGGUCUGUGCCGAUGCUGGAGAAGCUUCUGAGAGCGGGUAUGAAUGUUGCCCGAUUCAACUUCUCCCAUGGAACUCAUGAGUACCAUCAGGAGACUCUUGAAAAUCUCAAAAUUGCUAUGCAAAACACUCAGAUCUUAUGUGCUCUUAUGCUUGAUACCAAGGGACCUGAAAUACGUACUGGGUUUCUCAAGGAUGGGAAGCCCAUCCAACUGACAGAGGGACAGGAAAUCACUGUUUCCACUGAUUACACCAUUAAGGGUGACACAGAGAUGAUUUGUAUGAGCUAUAAAAAGCUGGCUGUGGAUCUUAAACCAGGAAACAUCAUCUUAUGUGCUGAUGGUACUAUUACUCUCACUGUUCUGUCCUGUGAUCCAGCUGGUGGAACUGUGAGGUGUAGAUGUGAGAACACUGCCGUACUGGGUGAGAGGAAAAAUGUAAAUCUUCCUGGAGUUGUAGUUGAUCUGCCUACUCUGACAGAGAAGGAUACAGAAGACAUAUUGGAGUGGGGUGUACCCAACAACAUUGAUAUGAUUGCUCUGUCAUUUGUCCGGAAGGGAUCUGAUCUUGUUCAUGUGCGGAAGGUCCUUGGCCCCCAUGCCAAACAUAUACAGUUGAUGUCAAAAGUUGAGAACCAGGAGGGAGUGAUCAAUUUUGAUGAGAUUUUAAGGGAGACUGAUUCAUUUAUGGUUGCACGUGGUGAUCUUGGAAUGGAGAUUCCAGUUGAGAAAAUUUUCCUGGCACAGAAGAUGAUGAUUUACAAGUGUAAUCUUGCUGGCAAGCCAGUAGUUACUGCAACACAGAUGCUUGAAUCCAUGAUUAAAUCUCCAAGGCCAACCCGUGCUGAAGCCACCGAUGUUGCUAAUGCCGUCCUUGAUGGAACUGACUGUGUUAUGCUUAGCGGUGAAAGUGCAGCUGGGGCUUACCCGGAGCUUGCUGUCAAGAUCAUGGCCCGUAUAUGUAUCGAGGCAGAAUCUUCCCUUGAUUAUGCAGCUAUCUUCAAAGAGAUGAUUAGGGCUACUCCUCUACCAAUGAGCCCCUUGGAGAGUCUUGCAUCUUCAGCUGUCCGAACUGCUAAUAAAGCCCAGGCAAAGCUCAUUGUUGUCAUGACACGUGGUGGUACAACGGCCAAAUUGGUUGCCAAGUAUAGGCCAGCUGUACCAAUCCUCUCAGUAGUUGUCCCAGUUUUGACAACUGAUUCUUUCGACUGGACUUGUAGUGAUGAGACCCCAGCAAGGCAUAGUCUUGUAUACAGAGGUUUAAUCCCUCUAUUAGCUGAGGGGUCUGCCAAGGCUACUGAUUCAGAGUCUACAGAGGUGAUUCUGGAGGCUGCUCUGAAGAAAGCAACAGAAAGGGGCUUGUGUCUUCCCGGUGAUGCUAUUGUAGCACUUCAUCGUAUUGGAGCUGCUUCUGUUAUCAAGAUUUGCAUUGUGAAGUGAUUGGGUGAGACAUUAGUCUCUGAUUCGGGUCUAUAGGAAGAAUGGGAGCAAUGGUGGCGAGUUGCCUUAUUUUGAUAAUGCUUUUAUGCUUUGUAAUAUCUUGGCCGAAUUAUUUUUGGAGCAAUUAGUUUUUAUAAUUAUGAUCUUAUGGAUCAGUGUUUUGCAAUUUUUAAGCUAGAAAUAAACCAAGGACAGAUAUUUCAGGCAAACUGUGUUUUGUUCUCAGAUUUCUUCCUGCAGACCUCCUGCCAUAAUGUUUUCUUCUCUAAAUCUCUUUUCAAGUUCCCAGGGUUAAGCUAUAAAGUCGUUGUGUUUCAUUGUA